AUGCCUCCUCGCGUGCAUCGGAAUUCAGCAUGGGACGUCAGCUUCCCAGGAGAGGCGCCCCCGGUGGUGCCAGAAAAGAGGAAAAGGGCGGAGGGAAGUGGGACCCAGGCUGCAUAUAAUCACCGCCUCUCGAGGCCAUCUGCAGAUGCAGCCCAGCCCGAUGUGGUUGAGGAGACGCCCAACACGCUGAUCCUCGGAGAGGAGGGCCCGUUUGAUGGCGGCGGUGAUGGCGGCGACGAAAUUCCCAUCCGCCUGCUCACCGACUUCUGUAUUUACGACCGCACGGAGGGCGACGCGAUGGCCACGCUGCUGGGCGUGGUCGAGGACCUGUCCGAGCGCGAGCUCCGCGCGUCGGGCCUGGUGUCGCCGUACUUCGUCAACGAGGAGGACAUGGGGCAGGAAGACGACGAGGAGGAGGCGUACGAGCCGCUGAGGCUGCAGUUGAGCACGUUGACCGGGUGGACAAUCGACUACAGCCAGGCCGAAGACCCGAUCUACAUCAAAACCCGGUACGCGUGGUAUAUCCUGGUGAAUCCGUCGCGGGGUUAUCGCCCUUUGUUUAUAAAAUUCUAUUCCGUGUACAAGACUGCCCAAAAGAUCAUCUCCGCUGCGCUCCACAAUCCACAGCUGACCUACGCAGACUUCGUGAGGACGCAGUUUCGCGGAAUCGACGACGUCCUGAGGCGGAAAUUCCAACCGUCCGAUAUCGAACAAGCAAAACCUAUCAUCGCCGUCACCGUCGCCGACCUAGACGGCGUCCCGGAUCUGCCCAACCACCCCCUCAUCCAACACAUCCUCGGUGAAGAAAACCUCGGCCUCCCGCCCUCUCAAGGACACACCUCCUACCGCCAGCGCGAGCGCCCCAAUAGGCUGAAGAACAUCGCCCUGCACAACCUCGACCUCGCUGUCCUCCGCCCGGAGAAUCAAAACCCGAUCCAGAUCUCUCCGCUCGUCUCGCAGCUCGCGGCGGGCAUCUUCCAUGGCGAGCUCGCGGUUGUCGGCCCGCCGCGCCGCGCGCCCGCGGCUGCGGAGCUCAGGCGCAGGGGCGAGAAUGAGCGCGCGCUCCUUGAGGAGCUGUUACGGUCGGCGCGAGAGGAAGACAAGCCGAUACGCUCGAGGCCAGAGUGGAGGCUGAAGCCGCGGUCCCCGUAUCUGACGACUGCGAAGGUGGGUGGGAAGGAGUAUUCGGUCGGCGACGUCGUCAUCCUACCUAUCGGGGUUGAUCACGACGACAAAAAGAUGCAUGUUGAAUUUCCGGACUCGGACAAUAUUCCGCCCAACGCGACGAUUCCCGAUUAUUUCUGGUUCGCACAGAUCGUGUUCAUCAACGGAGAGGAGAACUUCAUGCACGUCCGUUGGUUCGAGCACAGCUCCAGGACUAUGCUGGGCGAAUUAUCACACCCCCGGGAGCUCUUCCUCACGGACGUCUGCGAUAAGGAAAAUUUGAACAUCAUCGCCGGUAAAGCGGAGGUUAUACAGUUGGCCGCGGAUGCGUCGCCGCCUCCAUCGGACGACAGAGCGGGGCGCUAUUUUUGGAAACAGGUGUAUCUGAAGCAUUCGGCGUCUUUUGUGGAUCCGCCAAAAUCGCUGGCGGUGGACGACUCGACACCGCCGGAUAAUUGCCACGCUUGCUUGAUGAGCGCGCAACACGAGCAGGAUUCGCAGGCGACGUCGAUCAAGGGCGGCUAUUCGUUCAAGGGAUACAAUCUGCACUAUCGCGAUUUCGUCCUCAUCGCCUCUGAGGGCCAUGGGCCGUGCAAAAUCGGCCAGAUCCUGCGUUACGAGCAUGCCAAGCGGCACAGCGAGCCCGUUGGGGUCGUUGCGAGGCUGUUCGGAAGGGUAAACGACAUUGGCGACAUCCCGCCAGACGUCAGUAUGCGAAGUGAGCAACAACUGUUUGCGACGGAGGACGAAUGGCGCUUUGUACACACGGACAUCAUCCGUCCCGUGUAUGUCCUACACAACCAAUCGGUGCCCAACUACGCGCAGUGGGUGGAGCAGUCUCCGGACCAUUUCUACGUGAUCUUCCACUUCCCCACGCUCAGCCCGGAGUCGUGGGCCGAGCGCAGGGAGUUCCAGUGGGAGGAGAUGCGCGUCUGUGGAUCGUGCGUCGAUGCGAGGUACCUGCAUCUCGAGCGCGUGCGCGAAUUCGAGACGGACGCGGAGCGCAAGCCGCUGCGCAUCUUCGACCCUUUUGUGGGCGUCGGCGCGCUGGCGCUGGGCCUGGAGCGCGCGGGGGGCAUGAAGCUCACGCACGCUGUCGAAAUCUCUCCGAGCGCCGCCCAAACCCUGCAAAAUAAUUGCCCUUCUGCGAUCGUGUACAAUCAGUGUUCUAAUGAGGUUUACCGCUACGCGGUUCGGCGGCACAAGCUUCAUUCGGAUGAGACGCUGCGGGAUCUGCAUCACAAGCUGCUCCCUCCACCUCCAAAGCCGGGAGAUAUUGACUGCAUCACUGCCGGGUUUCCUUGCCAACCGCAUUCGACGCUCAACAUGUUCCAAAAAGCAAACGACGUGAAGAGCCACCUGAUACUGAACUUGCUGUCCUGGGUCGAUUUCUUGGAGCCCAAGUACUGCAUCUUCGAGAACGUCAAGGGCUUCCUGCAGUAUAAUCCGGGGGCGGUGCAAGUCGACAUACACCGGGUGGAAGGAGGGAUCGAGAUGGGGGGGUUGCGAUUCCUGGUUCACGCGAUGCUCUCCAUGAACUACCAGGUCCGCUUCGGCCUCCUACAGGCGGGGCACUACGGCACCCCGCAGACCCGCAUCCGUUUUUUCCUGGUCGCCGCGCGCCGCGGACUCGUGCUCCCCGAGCUGCCACAGCCGACGCACGACUUCCCGCAGUACCGCAAGCUCGAGAUCCACUUCCCGAACGGGCACGCCAUCCAGCCCAUCCGGGCGCUGCGCGGCACGGCGCCGCUUCCGUUCGUCUCGAUCAAGGACGCGAUCGGGGAUCUGCCCCAGUUCGACUGGGAGAACCCGAUGUACGUGCGCAAUCCGGCCAGAAAGCCGGCGCAGGAACGCGAGCGCGCGGAGACGAUCCCGGUGGUUGUCUGCGACUCCCAUCGCCCAUCCGCCGGGCCCCGCGGGAAGCAGCCGUACCACAGCGAGCCGCAGACCUCGUUCCAGGCGCGGUGUCGCGCGCGGGAGACGACGGAUCUGCAGCACAUCACGCGCACGAUGAAGCCGGCCGACGUCCAGAGGGUGAUCACCAUCCCGCUCGAAGUUGGCGCCGACUACAGAUCACUGCCCGCAGAGCUGCGGCAAUGGCAGUUCGCGAACCCGCACUCGGCCGUCGCCAAAGGGGGCUACCGACCCGGUCUAUACGGCCGACUAGACAGCGACGGCUUCUUCCAGACGACGGUGACGAACGUAGGGCCGACGGCGAAGCAGAGCAAAGUGCUGCAUCCCUACCUGAAGCGCAUCGUGACCGUCCGCGAGCUGGCACGCUCGCAGGGCUUCUCCGACGACUUUGUCUUCUACUCGCUCAACGGGGACGUCGACGCGAUGCUCCGACAGAUCGGCAACGCCGUCCCGCUGCCCGUCGGCGCCGCCCUCGGGAGAGAGCUCAAGGCCGCCAUGCUCAAAAAGUGGCAGCAGGACAGGGAGGACGUGACCUACGUAGAGUGAUGCACAUCAUGAAGCAUACGAUACGAUGCCCCAAAAAUAAUAGCACCUCGCAGUCGAUGGACGUUCCGCGUUCCGCAUCUGACGAGUAGGUUACGUUCUGAGACAUC